AUGAAGAAAAUUGAUGAUAAAAAUGUAAAGGAAGAUAAAUCUUCAAAGUGGCAUGAUUCUUCUUCUUCUAGUAUUGGAAGUUGUUAUGGCAGUAAUUGUGGAAGCACCACUGAUUAUCCAUCUACCAACCCCUAUCAUCAUCAACAACAAAAAGAAAAAAUUCCCCAAUUUAUUUUAAUACUCGUUGAUGGACUAGAUGAAGCUAAUUUCCACCAAACUGAUGGAAACGAGUCUAUUGCUAGUUUAUUAGGACGUUCUAUAAAUGAAUGGCCAGAAAAUUUGAGAUUUGUGUGUACAACAUCAACUAGUGAAAAUUCAACCAAAAAUGAUUAUUUGAAUAUUUUUGGAGUUGAUUUGAAGGGAAAAGAGCUGGAAAAUAAUUUUAGGGUUAUACAAAUAGAUGAAAAUAAUUCUGUUGAGGAUGCAAAGAUUUUUGUGGAGACGAUUAUGAAUUUGAAUUCUACGCUAGAGAAGAGACUAACUUCCCAAUUUCGACGUCACAGCUUUUUCGCUACAGUUGAAGAUUUCACUCAAUCACAACAACAAAUUAAAGACAACGAUACCAAUUCUAAUAAAAUUUUAUUCUCCAAAUUUGUUAUUAAUUUGGUUAAUCGUGUCCAUGCAAACUUUUUAAGUAUCCAUCUGACAGUUGAUUUAUUAGCGGAAGGGCGACUUUCGUUUGCAAGUCUUUCAGAUGAUGCUAAUCUGUCACAGAUUUAUGAAUUGUACUUUCGGCAUAAAUUUUCAUCUCCAGCAAAUUUUCGCUCAAAUCUUUCACCCAUACUUAGCGUCCUUAUUGCUUCACUUAAUCCAUUAUCAAUUGAACAACUUUCCAAUAUCCUCAAUAUAUCCUCUGAUUCAAUUAAUUUGGAAAAUAUAGAAUCUUUAACUGAAAGGAUAACGUCCCUCUGGCCUUUAAUUGGAAUAAACCCUUUAAAUAAACAAAUCGUUCCAAUGCAUUCUUCACUGCGUGAAUGGCUCUUGGGGGAUGGAAAUAAUACUGAAUAUUCUAUUGAUAUAAGGAAUGGACAUAUUCUUAUCGCACUCUGGAUAGUUACUAGUACCCGAAGAGAUACUCAAAAAGCUUCAUCAGAACAACUAUUCGAAUUAGCCCAUCAUUUACUAAAAGCAAAUCCACAUAAAUACGCGCAACCAGAAUUGGUUAAUUCAAAAAUUGGGCUGAAAAUGCCUUGGGGGAGAGAUGCUCAAAUUAAGUGGUUAAAGCUGGCAACAGAGGAGGAAGGAAAUGAAGAAAUUAAUAAAAAUGUGGAAAUUAAGGAGAAUAAGGAAGGAGAAGAUAAAAGUUCAAAACUAAUGGAAAAUGCCCUUCUUCACCGUCCAAAUAUUUUUUAUACAAAUUCUAAAAUUUCAAAACUUUUAUUGCUAGCGGGUGCAAAUCCAAAUGCUCAUCAAUGGUCUAAUGGAGAGAGUGAACCUCUUUUAAGUGCAUUCUCAUGUUCAGGGAAUGUUGAAAUGAUUAAGCUUCUUCUAAAAUUCGGUGCUAAUCCUAACUUUGGAAAUCCACUACCCUUAUUAAUAGCGUUACAACAAAAAAACUUAGAACUAAUAAAAAUAUUAUGUAAUUUUGGUGCUGAUCCUUUUAAUAAAUUAAAUUCUGAUGGAGACAGUCUUUUACUUUAUUGUGUUAAAGAUAAUUAUUCUUGUGAUAUUAUUUCUGUUUUGUUAAAUUCUACUGGGAAAGUGAUAGAAGGCAAGAGAUUUUUGAAUUUAGAAAAUUAA